AUGGAGCUCUUCGGGUUUGGAAGUGAUGCCAACACUACUUCGCCCUCCGCUGUAUUUGGCAAUGACGCCUCUCGCUCGGGUAACUCGCUCCGUGAUAUUAUCAAUCGAACGAGCAAGUACAAUUUAGCGACUGGCCGUGAUCAUCUGGGUAAUCCUUUACCGGCUGCUACUACUAAUUUCUUACAAGGGUUGGACUCUAUGGAGUCGUCUCAUGGGGUUGGGUCCACUGCAAAGACAGAACUCAAGAAUCUCCUUGCCAAUAUUCCAGCCACUACUGGCGCAGACAAUCAAGCUGGUACACCGGAGGGCUUUUUAUAUCCUCUCUACCCGCAUCAGAAAAUUGCUUUGAAGUGGAUGCAAACAAUGGAGGCCGAUGAGAACAAGAAGGGUGGCAUUCUCGCGGACGACAUGGGCCUUGGCAAAACCAUAUCGACACUGGCACUGAUUCUUACACGCCCAGCACCUCUCCCUCUAGGAUGUCGUUAUCCAAAUCCUACCCUUAUUGUCGCGCCGGUCUCGCUCAUCAAACAGUGGGAACGUGAGGCAAUGACCAAGAUCAAAGAGGGGCGCCACUCACUUGCCGUGCUCAAUGCUCACGAUUCUUCCAACAAGAACAUGACUUAUACGGACUUCAAGAAGUUUGACAUCGUCUUAACUACAUAUGACAAGCUUAGUCGAGAGGCAAAGGCGUUUGACGAGUACGUCAAGAAGCAGGCAGGCAAGAAUGAACCCGUGGACGAUGACUUUAUCCUGAAGCACUUCUCGUUCAUGGGUACAAGGAGCAUGUUUCAUCGCAUUGUCCUUGAUGAAGCCCAAGCAAUCAAGAGUUCCAAAUCGCUGAGAUUCAAAGCUGUUCGCAGGCUCCAAGCUACAUACCGAUGGGUUCUCACCGGCACGCCCAUGAUGAAUAGUGUCGGUGAGCUCGCUUCGCUGAUUUCAUUCCUACGAAUCAAGCCGUACAAUGACCUCUCACAUUUCGAGCAUACAUUCGGCAUCCUUAAUCCUAGGGCAUCAGGACGAGGUGGCAGGGGAGAUGUCGCCAUGAAAAAGAUGCAAGCUCUCCUUAAGGCUAUCAUGCUUCGUCGCACCAAAAAAUCAAAGAUCGACGGCAAACCAAUUAUCCAGUUGAAGCCGAAGAAAGAGUUGACCAAGCAUGUUGUAUUUGGUCAAGAUGAAGAGGAUUAUUACCGCUCUCUGGAAAAAGAUGCCCAGGUCAAAAUGUCCAAGUUUCUCCGGGAAGGAUCGGUCGGAAAGCAUUACCAGGUUGCCUUGGUUUUACUUUUGCGUCUGCGUCAAGCCUGCUGCCACCCAUUCCUCCACAUCACUGAUUUGGAGUUCGUUAACAACGACACUCCCAUCCAAGACAUGCUGGCGUAUGCUGGAAAUCUCAAAGCUGAUGCCGUGCAGCGUAUAGUUACUCGCAUCACUGACAAGGAGCUGUUCGAGUGCCCAAUAUGCUAUGAACCAACUGAAAACCCGAGCAUCCUCCUCUGUGGUCACAAUACCUGCACCGAUUGUCUGACUCAGCUAAGACAGACUGCCGAGGCUGCGAAUAUUCAGGCUGGAAACGAAGCUCUCGGUGCCAAGUCAACCUGCCCAGAGUGUCGUGAAGAAAUUGACUUCAGUGCUUACGUGACUUGCGACGUUUUCAAGCGAGUGCACAUGAAGGAGCAAUGGGACACUGAGCAGGCGUCCAACACCAAAGCUGAGGCACUUGUUGAUGAAGAUGGGACAGAGAGCGGGGUAUCAGAUGAUGAAGAGACAUCAUCAGAUGAUGGCGGUGAUGUGGACAACCGAGGUAAUCUCAUUGAUUUCAUCGUCAACGACGACGACGAUGAUGAUGACUUCUCCAUUGUGACGAAAAAGGCGAAGCACAAGAGGUCCAAGGGAGAGAGCAAGAAGAAAGACGAACCAGUCCAGCCUCAUGAGCUAGCAAAACUCCGUAAGGUUGCUGGCAGAAAUGUAGUGGCCCGCAGACGCUACUUUAACUACCUCGAACGCAUUUGGCUAGAUUCAGCGAAAAUCACCAUGUGUACAGAGCUCAUUGCAGACAUUCAAGCUUCAGGCGAGAAAAUACUCAUCUUCUCGCAGUGGACUAUGCUCCUUGACCUUAUUGAGGUCCAAGUCACCAGCAAGUUAAAGAUUGGAUAUCGUCGCUAUGAUGGCGCCAUGAACUCGAAGCAACGUGAUUCAGCAGUCACGGAUUUCACCAACGAUGACGACGUUAAGCUCAUGCUUGUCUCUUUGAAAGCCGGCAAUGCAGGUCUCAACUUGACAGUGGCAUCACAUGUCGUUAUCAUGGACCCUUUCUGGAACCCUUUCAUUGAGACUCAAGCAGUCGAUCGAGCUCACCGUAUCGGUCAGACAAAGGAGGUCAAAGUACACCGAAUUCUGAUCAAAGACACUGUCGAGGACCGUAUCAUUGCUCUACAGGAGGAGAAGCGCGAGGUAGUGAAUGCUGCUCUAGAUGAGAACGCUGCCCGCGAGGUUGGUCGUCUCAGUGUCAAUGAUCUGGCUUUCCUCUUCGGUAUUGGCAACAGAUAA